AUGGCAGCGCAACCUGGUCAGCGCCAUGUUGAUGAUUUGUUGUUUGGUGGAGACGCAGUGGCAAAACAGAGUUUGCUUGACCUUGGAAAAGAACUUGGUUUUGGUAGUCUUGAAGAAGGUGAAUUUCAAUACUGCGGAAAGAGAAUCAAGCAAGAUGUGCAAACAGGCACCAUCACUGUUUCGAUGGAAGAGUACCACUCCAAUCUACAUCCCAUCAAAGUCCUCACCGAGCGCAAGAAGGAUGUGCACAGUUCUUUGAAUGCUGGCGAGUUGAAGCAGUUGCGAGCUCUUUUGGGUUCCUUGCAAUGGUUGGUAGCACAAGUGCGUCUGGAUAUGGGCUAUCACCUCAGUGUGCUCCAAGGUGAGAAGCCGUGCGUUGGCACUAUGCUGCGUGCAAACGCCUUGCUCAAGCGCUUCAAGGACAAUCCAGGGUUCAGUCUAAAGUUUAAACCCUUGAACUUAGCUGAUGUUGGAGUUAUGGUUUUAACAGAUUCCUCCCUGGGAAAUGUUCGAGCGAAUAAUGGAUCGCCUGGUGAAGAGCCUCUGGAAAGACUGUACUCACAGUCAUGCUACUUUGUGCUGCUGGCUGAGAAAUCCUUGAUGGAGGGCAAGCGUGGUGGCUUUGCUGUGCUAGAUGCGCGUUCGCAUCGCCUACCGAGAGUAUGUCGAUCGACAUACGCAGCCGAGCUCCUGGGGACCAAAGAAGGUUUUGACGUUGGACAAUUUGUCCGUGGCCAUAUAGCUGCAAUCAUGGGGUACCCGCUCCUUAGCCGCAAUGUGGAUGCAAGCACUGACUCCAUUGGGCUGACUGUCGUCACAGAUGCGAAGGAUGUGUAUGACAAGGGCAGCAGCGAUACCCCGAGCUAUGGAUCACAGAAGUCAUUGGCCUUCACGGUGGCUUGGAUCCGUGGAAUGCUCCAGCGUGCCAACACAAGCCUGCGUUGGACCUCAACGGAAAACAUGUUCGUUGAUGCUGGAACGAAAGAUAUGGACUUAGAUCAUAUGCAUCGAAUUCUGGAUGAGUGCGAAUGGUGUGCCAAAUACACCUCUUCCUUUAUCAAGCAGACUAACAAAGGGAACAAGAUGCGCUCUGCCGAGACCUGUCCUGAGCCUUCAAUUGUUGGCGAGCCGGUUUCUCCGGAAGAUGCCCUACUGCCUCACCUGACAACCCUGAGCGAAUGUACAGGCUGGCAUGAACGUAGUGGCUAUGGUGUACAUGGAAAGGGUUACUCCGAUGGUUGUGCUAGCUGCAUGGCCAAAUUGGUGGAGUGCUCCCGCGACAAGUGCAUGAACCAAUGCAUCAGCAACGACAAGAGCGCUGCCUGCACUGGUUGUGUGAAGAGAGGCUGCCGUCCAGGCAUGAAGGCUUGCAGCGGCCUGAAUGCUGGCGCUGAGACAGUGGACUCCACUUUGGAGGCUCUUGAGGCGGAUGAUUCAUGUGCCCUGGAACUGAACCAGCUUCGUGGCAUGAAGGACGUGAACUACCAUGAUGCUUUGAUGGAAGAGGACGAAGAUGAAGAACCCAAUGUGGAAGGCUUCGCUUGCACCAAGAGCUGCAUGCAGGGAAAGGGUUACUCCGAUGGUUGUGCUAGCUGCAUGGCCAAAUUGGUGGAGUGCUCCCGUGACAAGUGCAUUGGUUCAUGCAUCAGCAACGACAAGAGCGCUGCCUGCACUGGUUGUGUGAAGAGAGGCUGCCGUCCAGGCAUGAAGGCUUGCAGUGGCCUGAAUGCUGGCGCUGAGACAGUGGACUCCACUUUGGAGGCUCUUGAGGCGGAUGAUUCAUGUGCAGCCGGGGGAGACUGCAGCCUGGAACUGAACCAGCUUCGUGGCAUGAAGGAGGUGAACUACCAUGAUGCUUUGAUGGAAGAGGACGAAGAUGAGGAAGCCAAUGUGGAAGGUGGCGCAUGCACCAACAGCAAGGACCUGAACUUCUGGAAGAAAAGCGGAAGGAAGAGCUUCGACGGUUCACUGAACCAGUGCGGCCGUUCCUGCGCUGCAGGCUUCGCUUGCACCAAGAGCUGCAUGCAGGGAAAGGGUUACUCCGAUGGUUGUGCUAGCUGCAUGGCCAAAUUGGUGGAGUGCUCCCGCGACAAGUGCAUGAACCAAUGCAUCAGCAACGACAAGAGCGCUGCCUGCACUGGUUGUGUGAAGAGAGGCUGCCGUCCAGGCAUGAAGGUCGACAUCAAGUGCCACCACCAGUUGAACGAGGAGAAUGAGAAAGGCCUUUCGGCUCAGAACGCUGACCACUGCAGCGAGGCAGCUUUGAAGGACCGACGUGCUCGCGGAAACAGACAGGUACAGUUGGACAUUGGGGCAGCGACCCUCGCAACAUGGCAGAAUUGCAUAGCGACCAUCGCCUUGAGCCGUCUUGCAAAGCGAGGAGAAGCAAACGAGGCGGUGGAUGUUGUGCCAUGUGCCGCUUAUUCCAAGGAGUUUAUGAACGUUGGAGCCAUUUCUGCCUGCCACCACUGGGACUUUGCGGUUCACCUACUGGAGAUGACUUGUGACUUGCAUCUUCAGCCAGGACAGGUGGCAUUUGGUGCCACCAUCGGAGCUUGCUCGAAGGCAGACCACUGGCGAGCAGCAGAGAGCCUUCUCCAAAGUAUGUGGGAUGUUCCUCGGACGCUUGUGGCUGUCAAUUCCUGCUGUGCUGCAUGUGCGGGGGCGAGACGCUGGCGCAAAUCCCUGACACACCUGCACCUUAUGCCGGUCCUGGCGUUGCAACCCAAUCUCAUCUCUUUCAAUUCUUCCAUGGCUGCAUGUGAAAAAGGCUACGAAUGGGAGCGUGGCCUCAUGAUCUUAGCUUCAAUGGAGGUGGCUCAAGUGGUGCCAGAGAUCAUCAGUUUUGGCUCAGCGAUCAGCGCAUGUGAGAAGGGAGGACAAUGGCAGUUGGCUCUACAUUUGCUGCGGCGAAUGAGUGCAAGGCACCUCCGAGCCGAUGCGGUGGCGCUCAGUGCGGCCAUGAGUGCCUGUGAAAAGGCCGGAGAGUGGCAGACAGCCCUGGCACUGCUCCAGCCUACUUUGGAAACUUCGCGCACUUCGAGGGACAGGGGCUGCGCCUUUUCUGCAGCCUUGGGAGCUGCAGAGCAUGGCAUGGCGUGGGCUAUGGCCCUGGCGCUCUUCAAAAGGGCGCUCGAAGAGCGUGUCAGUGCAUCAGGUAUGUAUGCAGGAGCUGUGGCCAGUGCCAUCCGCAAGGCUCGUGGCAAGGAAGCGGCAGUCGACUUCCUGAAAUGCUCCAGACACUUGUGGGAAGAUGGACCACACGAGGCUCGCAGACCUCUGCCGGGACUCUUGUGGAGCCGUGUGGAAAUCCUGGGCAAAGCAUCGGGACUUGUGGUGGUCUCCAAGGCUGCAAACGUUCGCACAGAGAAGCUGGUUGAUGCAGCCUGCAAGCAGAUGCAAGAGGAGCUAUUUGUGGUUUCACGACUGGACAGACCCACCUCUGGCCUUCUACCCUUGGCAACAAGUCUUCAGGCAAUGAACUGGCUGCAGGCUCAAUUUGCUGCCAGACUCGUGUACAAGGAAUAUGUUUGUCUCUGCGAGGGCAAAUCGCUGGGCGACAUAGGACUGAAGUUGCUUCCUUCGGGCGGGAAGCUGUUACUGACUAUCGCGUUGUCGAGCGCUUUGGUGCAGGCCAUGGGAUGCCAAGAACCCAUGGGUUGCGAUUCUGCAGAUUCCCACCAGGCCCAUCGGAAUUGGCGCAUGCACCAAAUUCGAGCCCACCUUGCCAGCAUCAACCGUCCAAUUGUGGGCGACGAGAUCUACGGUGUGGAGUUUCCGUCUGCAAUUGACUGUGGCUCGGUGUGCGAAGAGAACGUGAAGCCUCGCAGUGCGAGUGCUGAUGCACGCCAGGCAGUGAUGUUCCAGGGCAAGGGGGUCAUGAUUGGAUCAGAGGAUCGAAUCAAUGACCACCGGCGGCGAAGUGAACGAAACUACUCUGACCUUUUUGGCACUGGCAGUGCGAGGCCCCUCUCGCUGGGUGAAGCUGGACGUAGUGAACUCCAUGCGGCUGCAACCGCAUCCUGGCUGGAUGCCACCACAGAGACAUCUGCGAGGAAUUUGGAACGACGAAAUGGUUCUAGAGAAGGCAACUUGGUCUACGACGCGCACGCCAAGUCUGUGGAAUCGGCCCCUUGGAUCCCAGCAUGACUCGAUGGUGUUGCAUAGAGACCCUGAGGACCCUGAGGACCCUGAGGGUAUGGGAGGAACAACUCAU